AUGGUGAAAGAUGUAGCCUUUAGAGCAAAAAAUGAAAAUUUAUUUGAUGAGAUUGUCAUGGCAGUAGUCUCUCAUAGUCCAGACUUGUGGAACAUUCAAGGUCAAAUAGCAGACAACUUGGGAUUUAGAUUGGGGAAAGAAACUUUAUUUGGAAGAGCAACUCGUAUGCGUCAGAGACUAGCAAAUGGUAAGAGAAUCCUUCUUGUACUCGAUGAUGUUUGGGAAUGGCUCGAUCUUCAGGCCAUUGGGAUUCUUUUCUGGGGUGAAAAUAAGGGUUGCAAAGUUGUGUUGACGUCACGAAGCCUGGAGGUAUGCAUAGGAAUGGGAUCCCAAAAGAAUAUUGAAGUCAAAUCUUAG